UGAUCCCCCUCCCUCAACCCUACCAAACACUGCCCCCUCGCUUGCGCCCUCCGCUGACAGGCUCCCUAUUCUUCCUCAGUGCGAGUGAGUGACCUGCGUGACGAACUAGAUCAUUUUAACACCAGACAACCCGACCCGACACUACAAACAUAUCUACAAAUUCAUUCGUGUCGUGUUCCCGAGUUCAUGGACGAAGAUUUUUUUUACAGUUGAAGAAAAAGAAGUUAAGAAAGUCGUAUCAUAUCCAAAAGGGCUGAGCAAGAGUGAAACAGAACCAAGACAAAGGAUAAACGAAGCCAAAUAUGUCAAAAAUGAUGACAAUUCCACUCUAGAGAAGCGCAUUAUAUAACCUUGAAAUAUAUCUAGUGAGGCGAGUGAAGAACUAAUUAUAAAAGAACCAAAACACAAACAAAUACCAUGAUACACCACAAAAAGGAUCAACGCACCAAUACAAGACGAAGAAGAGAGCAGUAAUUCACAAGAGCAUACACCAUAAAAAAGGAUUAACACACCAAUACAAGACGAAGAAGAGAGCAGUAAUUCACAAGAGCAUACACCAUAAAAAGGAUCAACGCACCAAUACAAGACGAAGAAGAGAGCAGUAAUUCACUAGAACAUACACCACAGCAACAAACCAUACAUAACAUACACCACAAAAAGGAUCAAUACAAGACGAAGAGGAGAGCAGUAAUUCACUAGAACAUACACCACAGCAACAAACCAUACAUAACAUACACCACAAAAAGGAUCAAUACAAGACGAAGAGGAGAGCAGUAAUUCGCUAGAUCAUACACCACAGCAACAAAUCAUACAUACAUACACUCACACGCCCGUCACGUGACCCGGCAAACAAAACAUAACCUCAGAGACACAACAAUGAACGACGCCGCAGCAGCACCCCCAGCCCGCCCUGUGCCUGCCCCGCCCCCUCCGCCCCUCGCUCCCCUCCUCACCCCCGCCACCACCACGGAGGACGAUGACUACGACGCCUGGGUGCUCGCCGGGGGACGCCUCUUCCGCGCCCACGCCUCCGUCCUGGCCUCCCACAGCGCCUACCUCAGGGGCGCCGCCGUGGGAGGGGGCGUGACGGGGGCGCGGGGGGACGUGCGCCUGCUCCUGCCCCACGUCCCCCCUGCUGGGUUCGCUGCCAUCCUCACCUACAUGUACACCGGACGCCUCCCUGUCACCCCCGCCACGCUGUACGAGGUGUUGCUGGCGGGUCAUCUCCUCCAAAUGGCCGGUGUUGUGUCCCUCUGCCAGGCCCUCCUCACCACCACCACCACCACCACAGACGGGGCGGCGCUUGGCAUGACCCCUGACCUCCCCACGCUGCCCCCCGCCCUCAGCGUGUGGCGGGGGCUCGCUAGACUGGUGCCCCCUCCCCCUCCUGCCCCCCACCACCAAGCCACAGUCUCCCCCUCCUCCUCAGCGCUCUCCCUCCCUGGUACGAUUAUCCGCCCCACCCCGACACGCGCCCGCCCACUCCACCCACCUCUUGACCUCACACGGGAACCAGAAGCAAUGGAGACAGAGAUAAGCGGAGGCGAGGACAGAAGCAACACAACCCUCCACCACCAUCAUCCCCCUACUACCACCACCGCCACGAGCUCCCCCACCACCCAGCCGCCACUUCUCCCCACCCACCACCACCUCCACCACAGCUUCUUGGAUCCAGCCCAGAGAGAGGAGAGCAAGGGUGGGCAUAGUGGAGGUGGAGUGGGUGGAGCGGUGGUGUUGGAUGUGGCCACCUGCGACGGUCCUGUGUUCUUCGAGAGGGUCAUCAACAGGGCUUACAAGGCUAACCCUCUUCUGGGUGCAGACGACUCCGAGACAGAGACCGAAAUCAACGUUGAGGAAAUAGACUCCAGCGAGGACACGACAGGCCGGCCUCCCCCCACCUCUCACAGUGCAGGGGAAGGGGAGCGAGGCAGGGAGGGGCUGGCUACCCUGCUGCGGAUACCUCAUGCGGGCGCGAAGGGAGAAACUAAAGGAGAGAACAAGGGGGAGAACAAGCUAACUUCCCUCCCACGUUGCUCCUCCCCACCCAUCCCCAACAACACCCUCAGUAGGACGUAUCAUUGUGUGUAUUGCAACCACACCUUCAAGAGUCACUACUGCUAUCAGAAACACAUGCGACGCCACAUCAACCCCAUCACAGUGGAGGUGGACAAGGCAAGACCAGCGAACACACUCCCCUCCACAACAACCACCACCCUCACCAACACCACCACCACCACCACCACCACCACCUCCAGCUCCACCUCCCCAAACAGUGAUGGAGAGGGGAACAGUGGGGCGGUCACAGGUGGUGGAGGUGGAGCUGGUGGAGGCUCAACAAAGAGUGGCAGCAAUUCCCCCUACAGCAGCCAUACAGUGUCCCCGGCGCCAUCCUCAGAGGGGCACAAGAUUCUGGACCUCAACGUGCAGUAUUUCCCCUGUAAGACGUGUGGCUCUAAGUUCCCCAGCUACUACUUCGUCCACAAGCACCGACGUCUCUGCCACCAGGACGAGGAGAACGCUGCUGCUGCUCCCACUGCUUCUGCUUCCUAUGUGAAGAAGUCUGCUCCCCCGUCCUCCUCCGCCUCCACGCCUACCUCCAACGCUGCCAUUACACCCCCACCACCCACCACACCCGCACCGCCUCCUACCACACCCACUGCUGCUCCUCCUCCUGCUACUGUUGUUGGCCCUCCUCCCCCUCCUCCACCUCCUGUUGUCGCCCCAGCCACCACUACCGUUGCCUAGAUCCCAUGUGUAUCCCAGAAUCCAUAUGUCAAGUUGUGGAAUGUAUUCACUGGCAAUAAGAAGGGUUUGUUGUGGUGGCCGAUGAUGCUCUGUCUCCAUCAGGUCUCUGCCACCCCCUCCCACCUGAGUGACGGUGUGCACUCACUGAUUUGCACACUCACACACUCACCCAUCCUUCCCCCUCACACACACACACACAGAUAUUGUUGUUUUUUGCACCAAUACCUUUUGGAGUUCUUAAUAUAUAUGUCGGUUAAACUCCCAAAACACCCAGUCAACCACACACACCCAGUUUAUGAGCACUCUGUUAAUCAAAUACAGAAUUUCCGGUCA